AUGGACCCCAGAUAUGAAUAUUUUGAUUCUAAAGAUGGUGGAAUUAGGGUGUUACAAGUGUUGUCCAUGGCUUUUGACGCAUCAUUAAUGGGAUGGGCUAUGGCAAUAGCAAAUGGUUCAACUAUUUGUUUUGCUAAAAAUCCAAAAUUACUAGUUGGAAAUUACUUAUUAGAUGUCAUUAAAUGUAACGAAAUAGAAGCAAUGUCAGUCGUACCAAGUAUCUUGGCCACUAUAUCUCCUGAUAACUGUAGCCCAACUUUAAAAUAUCUUGAAGUUGGUGGAGAAGUUCUUCCAAAUAAUUUAGUUAACAUCUGGAAGAAUCGUCUUAAGAAAUUUUUCAAUUCAUAUGGCCUUACUGAAACAGGUGUUUUAGCAACAAAUUAUGAUAUCCUAACUGAAAAAAAUCAUGUCACAAUGGGUUCGGUAAUUGGAACUCCACGUGAUCAUACAUCUAUAUAUAUUUGUGAUUCAAUAACGCAAGAAUUAGUAAGUGAUAAAGGAGAAAUAUUGAUUGGCGGUGUUGGAUUAGCGCGAGGAUAUUUGAAACGGGAUGAUAUCACUAAAGAACGCUUUAUAUUUCACCCAAAAUUACAAAAACGUUUAUAUCGUACUGGUGAUCAAGGAUGCAUUCUAGAAGAUGGUAAAGUUAUAUAUUUAGGAAGGCUCGAUCGUCAGGUGAAACUUCGUGGGCUCAGGAUCGAACUUUCAGAAGUUGAGGCUAUAAUUUUGGGUAAAUGUCCGGAGAUUUAUCGUGUAUCAAUUCAAGUUAACGAAGAAAAAAAGUCAUUAGUCGCAUUUGUUAUGCCAAAGAAUUUGGUCCACAAAGUAAUUCGAAAUAAAUUAAACAAGACAAUGACAAAAUUUCAAAUUCCAGAUAUUAUACCAGUUGAUAAUUUACCUUGUACAGAUAAUGGAAAGACGGAUCACGCUAAGGUUAAGAUUAUUAUGCCCGAAUUACUCAAGAAAGCUAUUGAAUCUGAGGUUCCAAGACCUCAACAUAAAAAUUCUAAAGCCUCACUUGUUUUACAUCUACAAGCCAUAUGGCAAGAUAUUCUCGCUUUGAAAGAAAAACCAGAUAUUAACACUAAUUUUUUUGACCUUGGAGGUCAUUCUCUUUUAUUAUUACAAUUACAAAAGAAAAUUCAACAACAAAUUUCAUCGGUUGACCUUGUUGACCUUUUCCAAAAUCCUACCAUUGAAUCUUUGGUAAAUUUUCUCAUGCCUACAGAUCAAUCUUUGGAUUUAGAUAAUUCUAUAAAGACUUCUAAUAAUGAUCAAGCAAUAAUUGCAAGUGAAAUAGCAAUUAUAAGCAUGGUCGGAUGUUUCCCUGGUGCUGAAUCAGUUAAUGAAUUAUGGAAGAUGAUAAAGACUGGGCAACAUGGGAUUCACACAUUUACUAACAAAGAGAUUGAUGAGAUGAGUGUGAAAAAUCGUAAUGAUCCUCAUUAUGUACCAAAAUGUGGUGUGCUCUCAAAUAUUGACAAAUUUGAUGCCGAAUUCUUUAAAAUUAGUCAUCAAGAAGCAGUUUCAAUGGAUCCACAGCAACGUUUGUUAUUAGAAAAAAGUGUACAAGCUUUAGAUGAAGCUGGAAUCAAUCCACAGUAUGAAAAAGGACGAAUUGGAGUAUUUGUUGCAAUUGAAAAAAGCACAUACAAAAAUUAUUCAUGUAAUAAUGAAAAUGAUCCUGCAAAAAAAUAUAGUGAAGAAAUGAACACCUCGUUCGGAAGUGCAGCAACAAGAAUCGCAUACCAUCUAAAUCUUAAAGGACCGGCAUUUGCUCUUAAUUCUACUUGCUCUAGUUCUUUAACAGCAUUAAAAACAGCAUGGAAUAGUAUUCAAUGUGGUGAUUGCGACGUGGCUAUAGUUGGUGCUGCUUCCAUUAUAUUGCCGCAAUCUGGUUAUAUAGCACAACCAGGCCUUAUUUUUUCAGCCAAUGGAAUAUGUCGCCCGUUUGAUCAUAAUUCUGAUGGAACUAUUAUUGGAAAUUCUGUAUCGGUCAUUGUUUUGAAACGAUUAUCCGAUGCAAUUUCUGAUCGAAAUCCAAUUUCUGCUGUGAUUAAAUCAAUCGAGCUAAAUAAUGACGGAAAUAAUAAGAUUGGUUAUACAACACCAAGCGUAGAUGGACAAUAUGAAGUGAUUAAAAAAGCCAUUCAAUCUGCUAACCUUCUUCCUGCUGACAUUGAUUUUAUUGAAGCUCAUGGAACUGCUACUAAACUUGGUGAUCCAGUUGAAAUUAAGGCUCUCACAAAAGUAUUUACUGAACUUUCACCAACUAAGAAGCAUUGUGCUAUAUCUUCUGUCAAAUCUAAUAUUGGCCACUGUAAUACUGCAGCUGGUUUCUCUGGAUUAAUAAAGACCAUUAAAGCAUUAGAGGAUCGUGUUAUACCUCCCAUGGCAAAAGGUCAUUUCGAAAAAGCUAAUCCAUUAAUAAACUUUUCGUCCAGUCCAUUUUAUAUUGCUUCUGAGUUACAAAAUUUCCAUAAAACAGGAACAAUGUACGCGGGGGUGAGCUCAUUUGGUAUUGGGGGAACAAAUGGGCAUUGUAUUUUAGCAUCAUACAAAGAGGAAAAUUUAAAUUUUGAAAAUGAAACGGUUGAGAAUGCAGAGAACAUUAGGGUUAUCCUACCUUUUUCAGCAAAAUCUAUUAAUAGUUUAAACAAUAUUAAAAGGGAAUUUAAGAAUUAUUUCGAAGGUUAUGAUUUAACGACACGUAAUUUGUAUAAUUUAUGCAAUAUUUCAAGAACUCUUCAAACAGGUAGAGCUCAAUACGAAUUCCGUAAUAUGAUAAUUGCCACAUCAAUUUCUGAUGCAUUGAUCCAACUUGAACAAACCAAAUCACCAAUAAAUACAACAUCACCCAAAGAAAAUAUAAUUUUCGUAGUACCCGGUCAAGGCAGCCAUUCUAUUUUAAUCCAUAGACAUAUUUACAAAUCGUCAACAUUGUACCAAAAAAAAUUCAAGGAUUGUGUAAAUAUAUUACAAAAAUAUGAUUCUACAGUACCCGAUCUUAUCAGUUAUUUGGAAAAAGAUAUUUAUGAUACAACAUACGAUCCUUUGUUAAGUUUUAUGUCAAGUUACAUAUCAGCCGAAAUUCUCAGAUCGGUUUUUAAUAUACGAAUUUCUGGAAUAGUUGGGCAUAGUCUAGGACAAUACGUAGCUGCCACUCUUGCCGGGGUAUUUCCACUCGAUAUAGCUUUAGGAAUUGUAUUAAAAAGAACACAAAUUAUGCAUAAGAUGAAAAAGGGUUCAAUGUUAGCUACUAAUUUAGAUAGCAAACAUGCGGACACUUUUAUAAAGGUUGGAAAAAUAUCUUUAGCAGCAAUAAAUGAACAAAAUCAAUGCAUAUUCUCUGGAAGAUCCAAAGACAUUGAGGAACUGGCAGUAAUUCUUGAAACUCAAGAUUAUAAAGUCAGAAUUCUCAACGGGUCAUAUGGAUUUCAUUCGCAUCUAACAGAUUCCAUUUUAGAUGAAUUUGAAAUAGAGAUUUCUUCAUUACUUAAUAAAGCAUCCAAACAAACCACUUCUACGAUCACUCCUUUUAUCUCAAAUACCACUGGAGGAUGGACUAAUGUUGAAGAUGUGUAUACGUCAAAAUUUUGGAGAGAACAUAUGCGAAAAACCGUCCAAUUUGAAUCUGGAAUAAAAACUAUUAAUUCAACAUUUUCAAAUCCAAUUUAUAUUAAUGUCGGAAUUGGAACUGAUACAAGUAAAUUGGUUCAAAGAAUAUUAAAUAAUAAUAUAGCGAUCCUAAAUAGUUUUAAUUCGGAUAAAACUAGUUUUGAAGAAAUAAUUGGAAACUGCUGGUGCAAUGGAAUUGAAAUUAAUUGGCAUAAUUUCUAUAAACACAUUUGUCCUUUGAUGACAAAAACUCGACUUAUUCGAUUGCCUGGAUAUUCAUUUAAUCAUACUUGCAGUUACUGGGUCCAACAAUCUCGUCAAAAAUCAUUAGUAGAAACUAAUACUAAUAGUUUUGUGUCUAACGAAAUAGACCAACAGUCAUUUGCAAAAUAUAACAAUCCAUCUACAAUUGAAGACCGAGUAAUUCUUUGUUUUAAGAAAACUCUUGGUCUGAACAAUAUCGAUAUAAAUAGUAACUUCUUUAAUUGCGGCGGUGAUUCUCUUGUGGCAGUAUCGCUAAUCAGUUUAUUAAAUAAAGAAUUUAAUAUUAGUCUUUUAUCACUAAAAGUUCUAUUCAACUCUCCAACACCCUUUGAUUUAGCUAAAUAUAUUAAGGAAAUUUUAAGCACAAACAUUUCGCCUACAAUUAAUAGUGAUUUUAAUAGAUCAACAUCAAUAACAAAACUCAAACACGGAAGCGAAACUGUUAGGCCGAUUUAUAUGAUACAUCCAAUAAGUGGAUCUUGUUUAUUUUAUAAAGAUAUUGUCAGUUCAUUAGGAAAUGUAACAGUUUAUGGGUUUGAAUAUCCUGGACUUCAAGAUUCAACGGCAAUAGAAUAUCAUUCUAUACAAGAUCUUUCUGAAAUUUACCUUAAAGAUUUGUUAAAAAAUAAUAAAAGUCAUAAAUACAAUCUUUUUGGGUCUUCAUUUGGUGGAAUUGUAGCAUAUGAAAUGGGAUGCAAAUUGGUUAAACAAGGAAAAUCCGUGAAUUUAAUCAUGGUAGAUACACCAACUGGUCAAGACAUUACAAAUUCAACGAUAAGUGUAGCAGAAAUUUUACAUUAUAUUUAUUCCAAAACAUAUAAUUUAGAUGAAUUGAUUGGAAUGGAUGAUGAUGAGAAAGCAUUGCAGAUAGCCAUCGAAAAGGCAUCAACAUUGGAUACGAAACAAAAUCAAGUAAUUAUCCCAGAAGGCGUUGCGAUAACAAUGUUAAAAAAAUAUUUUGAUGUGAUUAAAUUUAAUAUGAAAGCAAUGAAAACAUAUCAAUUACCAAGAUCCGAAAAACCGAUGUCAAUUACAUAUUUCAAAGCAAAGAUAAGAAAAAAUUUAGAUCUUAAAUUUCCAGAAAAAUCUUGGAUUAAAAUACAAGAAAUUAAUGGAGGAAAGUUGGAUUGCAUUGAAUUGGAUGGGGAUCAUAUUAGUGUGAAUUUAUAUCCGGCAUGUAAAAUAAUUACUGAUUAUAUCAAACAAUAUUUUAAAUCUAAUUAUCAAUAUUCUAAAGGGAGAAUGAAUUAG